AUGUUUUCAAUUUGUGCUUUUGCUACCAUAUCCGGCUAUUCUGGAUUUGUCAAAUUUGAAUGUCCAGGCAUCAACUCCUCAUUACUAUUUAGUUAUCCAUUUGAUAUACAAUGGAACGAAAAAGUUCAAAACAAAACAAAUUUUAAUAUUUGUGAUAUACACUCUGAUGGAAAUUUUUCAUCAGAUUCCAAAUUUUUCGUGGCAACUGGAGUGCUGGCAAUGUUAUAUUCAUUGGUGAUCAUAUUUGUAUAUACUAAGCUAGAUGAAGCUUAUAAGAAUAACAAUAAGUUACCCCUUUAUGAUUUUUUCAUGACUGUUGUUUUUGGAGUUUUGUGGUUGUCAAGCAGUGCUGCAUGGGCACAUGCUUUAUCUGGUUUGAAAUCUGUCACUAGUGCAGUCACAUGUAAAAGUUGCACUCCUUUAAUUAGCAGCUUUUCUACGCUCAACAUAUCUGUGAUUUUUGGUUUUCUGAACUUCUUCUUGUGGGCAACAUGUCUUUGGUUCAUCUACAAAGAAACCUCUUUGUUCCAAGGAAAUCAGCGACAAACAACAGAUGGUGUUUGAUUAUCUAUUUUUUUUACUUGUUGGUUUUUGCACUCUUUUGACUCUAAUGAAAGUUUCAUAUUUUUUUUUCUUCUUAUUAUUCACCGUGUCAUAUUAAUUGAUGGAGAAAUACUUGUUAACUUCGAUUAUACAUUGUUUUCUGUAACAUAUCUUCGUUACAUAUGAUCUUAUCAUAAAUGGCUAAUUUUGUUACCAUAUCCAUUUAU